AUGGCCGCUAACAUCAAAUGGCACGAACUGCCAAACAAUACCAAUCCUGUAUGGUAUAAGGAUGCUGGGCUGCGUCAUAACGUGGCAUUAGGUCUUGGACUUUGCCUGGUCAUUGCGACUAAUGUAAGUAGCGUUUCACAUUGUUGUCCACAAGAGUUGCAUUUGAUAGGGAUGUCAGUAAACGAAUAUUUGCAGCCAAAGACAGCUUUAGCUAACCAAAUUCAAGACCAAGUCAGUAUUCUUACUGGUUUCCAAGCAAUGCCCUCAUGGCAGAUUUUCUUCAAACGCCCUACUGGGGCCCUGCUGGGCAUCUACGUCGCUUCCUUCUUCAUCCCGUCGAUUGUGACGCCAUGGAUUGGUGAUUGGAUCUCUACCAAGUUCGGUCGCCGAUGGUGCAUCAUCAUUGCGAACAUCAUCAUUCUCAUCGGCGCCCUUGUCAACACCUUUACGGUCAACAUUGGCAUGUGGUGCGGCGUCGUUGGCCUUUACAUCCCCGGUAACUGGGGUUGGCGAUUCCCGUCGCUACUUCAAGUAAUUGGACCCGUCGCCGUCAUUCUAUGGCUCAUCAUGAACGAUCGAGAAGACCAGGCCCGCCAGAUCCUCGCGGCUCUUCAUGCCAAUGGCGAUAUAAAUGAUGCCCUUGUGCAGUUCGAGGUGGAGCAGAUCAGCACUUCUAUACAGAAAGAAGCUCUUCAGCAGCAGGCAAGCCUUGCAGACUUUUUGCGCACACCUGGAAACAGGAGGCGCUUGGUCACGAUUAUUGCCAUGGCUUGCUCUCUGAACUGGAUGGGUAAUGGAAUCAUCGCCUACUAUCUUGCGCCAAUUCUCCAAUCAGUUGGCAUUACAGCCCCGGUUCAGAUUACUCUGAUCAAUGUCGGUCUCGCCAUAUGGAAUCUCAUCCUUGCUGCUGCUGCGGCCGUAAACUGCGACAAAGUUGGUCGUCGCCCUCUGUUCCUUCUUUCGACCGCAGGUAUGCUGUGCUCCUACGCCGUCGUCAUGGGAUUAUCUGCGGGCUUUGCCAACACCAAAACCAAGGCGCUUGGCAUUGCGGUUAUUCCAUUCCUGUUUAUCUACUAUGGCUUUUACGAUACCGCCUACACACCCCUCCCGAUUGCCUACACGGUCGAGAUCUUGCCUUUCUCUAUCCGCUCUAAGGGCAUGGCUCUCUUCACCAGUACCGCCACUUUAGGCAACGCCUUUAACCAAUUUGUUAACCCAAUUGCCCUCAAGAGCAUUCAGUGGCGCUAUUACGCGGUGUAUAUCGGCAUCCUAAUCUUUUACUUUGUCUUCAUCUUCUUCAUGUUUCCCGAAACCAAGCGUCUUUCGGCUGAGGACGCUUCCAAGGUCUUUGAUUUCGAUCGCAAGGGCCAUCCCCUCGGCAAGGCCGUCGAUGUUGAACGGGACGCCAAGAAGCCCGGAGAUGAGAAAGAGCCAGUCACGAGCAUUGUCACACAUGAUGACAAAGAAUAA